GUAUCUGGCAAUGUCAGCUUUGUUUACUAUUUUGAUUUUGUGAUUUUUGCAACAUAUUUAAAUUUGAAUGUACUCUCGAAUUCUUCAUUCGAAACUCUUUAUGCAUACAUGAAAAUUCUUAUUUUAUAUUGAAAAAUGUUUCAUUCUAUGAUAAGAUCAACUAAUUUAAUAAAAUAUAACUGUAUAAAGCAGCCAUUUCUUAUCUUAAAUAAGACUCGCAGACUGAGUAAUUCUUCGUCUUACGAACGAUUUUUUUCUGCUACAUCUUCCCUCGAUUUAUCUGGUAUUUAUCCACCUAUUAUAACGCCUUUUGAUGAAAAAUUCAACAUCAACUUCGACAAACUAUCAUUCAAUUUAAAUGUGUGGAAUUCAACCUCAUUUAAAGGGUAUGUUGUGUUAGGAUCGACUGGAGAAUUCCCUUUUCUUUCUGAGAAAAACAAGAUACAUCUUGUGAAACAUGUGAAAAAAGAAAGUGAGCCACAUAAAAUUAUUAUUGCUGGUACAGGCUGUGAAUCAACUACUGAAACAAUUGACUUGACAAAUAAAAUGGCUGAUGCUGGUGCAGCAGCUGCUUUAGUUGUAUCUCCAUUUUUUUAUAAAGGUCGAAUGACUGAUGAUCUACUUUAUGAUCAUUAUAUAAAAGUUGCUGAUUCAAGCAAAAUUCCUAUUAUUUUGUAUAGUGUACCAGCCAAUACAGGAAUUGAUUUAAGUGCAACAUUAGCUGCAAGUUUAGCUGAUCACUCCAAUAUUAUUGGAAUGAAAGAUAGCGGGGGAGAUAUUUCAAAAAUUGGAUUCAUUUGUCACAAAACGAAAGGAAAGAAUUUUCAAGUUUUAGCUGGCUCUGCUGGUUUUCUUUAUCCAGCACUUUGUGUGGGAUGUGUUGGGGGAGUUUUAGCUUUGGCAAAUGCUCUAGGCAGUGCAACUUGUCAACUAUAUGAAAACUUUAUUUCUGGUAAGCAUGAGGAAGCUCGAGAAUUACAGUUGCGACUUAUAGGACCAAAUCUAGCUGUCACCAAAUGGUUUGGUAUUCCUGGUGUUAAGGCCGCUAUGGAUAUGUUGAAUUACCAAAGUGGUCUAUGUCAUCCCCCACUAAAAUCUUUAACUGCUCAGGAGCUUUCAAAGUUGAAAAAUGAAUUUGUGAUCAACGGCUUUCUGUGAUUUACUUAAAUGCCACGUCAGUGAUCACUUCCAGAGAUUUGUAGCUUAUAUUUUUAUACUAUGUGAGUUUUAUAUUUUUGUUAUCAACAUAGUCAUUUUGAUUUUUAAAAAAAAUUACAAUGUUUUUCUGUUUAAAAAUGUUAUACUUUUAUGCAAAUUUUACUGUUUAUAUGUUUCUGUAAAACAUAUCAUAUUAGAAAUUGUUAACAAAUUUUUUUAAUAAAUUGUUUUAUUUUUCUAA